AUGACUGGCGAUGUAACGCUGAAUCCAGAUGCGUCGUGUUUAGUGAUGACAACCGAAAUUCUGCGUUCUAUGCUCUAUAAGGGAUCGGAGAUAAUGCGUGAAGUUGGUUGGGUUGUCUUCGAUGAAAUACAUUAUAUGCGUGAUAAAGAACGAGGUGUUGUAUGGGAAGAGACAAUCAUCCUGUUGCCCGACAAUGUUCACUAUGUUUUCCUGUCGGCUACAAUCCCAAAUGCGAGACAAUUUGCAGGUUUGCGAUGA